AUGGGUGGCCUAUCCUCUCGUGGUCUUGGUGGUGGUUAUGAUCCAUUAUUAGGCGGUGGCUAUGGCGGUGGCAGUUAUAUCGAUCCGUAUGGUGGAUACGGCGGAUUAGGUGAUUAUUACUACACCUAUGUUAAUACUCCUAUACCAGUAGCUCCCGCUCGUCGCCGCCGUAAGCGAAGAUGUUGCCAGCCUUUAUGUUGUGGUGGAUGGGGUGGAUGGGGUGGAUGGGGUGGAUGUAGAUGUUAA